AUGAGUGUGGCGAACUUGGUGCCGGAAGGCGCAAGUCCGCCUCCGGAGCCACCACCUCGAGACUAUACGGACAUGACGAUUGACUUUCGUGAUAUUGACCAAAGAAGAGCUACUGAGGAUGCUGCUAAUGCCAUUGCCGAUGCAGAUGAGCCACCCAUCGACGGAGACGUGAAAAUUCGCGCUCGGAUGGAAGCCUGUCGUCAAGGGAUGAUGCAACUCGAAGCGCUUCGAUACAAACACAUUAAACUUAUGCAGGAAAUGCGUGGCCGAUUACCAACGAUUCCUGGCUGUGCAGACGUCCAGGCAAGGAUUAAACGCUGCGCUGCUGCCAACGACCGUUCUUCUCUACAAAGCGUUGACAGCGGUGUUAGUUCGCUGGAACAGAACAUACCAUCAACCCGCUGCUCAUCACCUUCAAUCAGCCAUCGCUCAUCCGUCAGCUGUGAUUCUGGCUGCAGCAGUGUCUACAGUAAUGAAAUUAGCACAAACACUCGACCGAUGCCCUAUUCAAUCUACCGUAAACUAUCUAUUGAACAGAAGGAAACCGUACCGACAGAAUCCAAUGAUACCGUUACACCUAUACCCAUAGUGGCCACAACAAUUGCCUCCACAACUAGCCUUCGUUCGGAUAGGAUUGCACGGGCAUGGCGUCGACAACAACAGCGUCCACGUAGUAUGUUCGAUCACUCACCAGAACAGAGUCCUCGUCGGGACUCGAUGAUUGAUACGACUUCAUUUAUGCAAAUCACACCACCACCUGUACAUCGUAAAAUGGGAGUAGUUGGACAGCCACCACGUUCGCCAUUGGCCCCGAUUCGACUGUCAGUGAAUAUAUCACCUCCAUCUUCACGACCUCUACGAACAGCUCAGCGCCCUGACAUCGUGAAGGUGGCCAAAGUAGAGAAUGCAGACAUGGUCUUCCGGGCAAGUCGGAUUUUCGUCGAUCGCAGUCCACAACAGGACCGUCGUCAGAGUACAAUGGUUGUACAACCGAGUCCACGUACGGAAAAGCGAACUCGCCGUCCGAAAAGCAUGUUCGAGCAGGUCGAUGAGCCACUCUAUGCCACACCAGUCAGGGCGAUGAACAGAGACUUCCGUGCUGCACCAGCUAACUCGCCAGCAGUCGUACGAAGAACAGCGUUUGUUCCUGUCGUUUCAAGGUUCAUUCCUAGUAACAAUAACUCUGAUCAUCUACGACCUCAAAAGGCACGACCAAUCGAGAAAAAUUGGCACGAAUCUGAAGGCCUAUGA